UGACAACUGUUAAAUAACAACCAGGAUAGUAGAAGAAAUAUAAAGCCUCAAGAUCCGAGUUAACAACUGUUGAACAACAAACGAUGUUUGGUCUACUGUGUGUGUUAUCGUGUCUGGUGUCCCAGAGUAGAGCCGCAAGUCUAAACCAUUUUAACGCAAAUGGUGGUGUAAAAUCACACUUGACCACCAAAAAACCGCCAGCAAAUGCAACGCGUUUUGAUGACGUCGUACAUAAAUCCAGCGACCCGCCACCAAAUUUACAAGAACACGAAAAUCCCGGACCGGGAAACGCGACGAGUGAUCAACUUUCACGUGCCCGACGCCAGACGACCGAGUCUUGUCCAUUGCCGCCUGACUUUCCAGAGUUGAUCACGGAAUUGGGCGCGUACCUCAACACGACCGCGCUGUUGACCAAAGAAGACGACCAUAUGAAUUGGGAGGUGAACGUAUCCUAUGUGGAGAAAGACAACUGCCCCAAGCCUAGAGGUGACUGGUGGCCCAUGGACCAACCCAACUUGAGAACCAUCUGUCCCUGGAGAUAUGAGAUCAUUGACUUGGGAGAACUCUACUAUCCUAGGAGGCUGCUAACGAGUCACUGUUUGUGCAUGAACUGCCUACAAGCCAACUCCUUUAACUGUGCUGCCAUUCGCGCAAAGGUCACCGUCAUCAAGCGUGACGGGUGUAAGCACGGCCUGGCUGUCAUGAGGAAGGAACACAGGUGGAUUGCCACAGGGUGCCACUGUCAGGCCCACGCACUUCAGAGUGGUGGGGUGCAUGGAUCCUUGAUUACCCCCUAACUCGUACCUGUAUAGGAUUGGCCCAGGCAUGUAUACCAAUCCAGCCACACAUAAAAGCACAAUGAACAUGUCAAUUAUACUUUAAAACAAUUAAAAAUGAGUAAUUUUGAGAAUGUUUUUUUAUUUCUUUACCCACAAUAAAACCCUUUGUGUGUGUAA